AAUGUUUUACACUUAUUUAGUUACACCCUCUAUUUGGUUUUUCCGGAAAAUGCAUAUAUCGCGAGAUUUUUUAGGGUUCCCAUACUUUUAUGCCACCCUGUAUAUUAGUUCUAAGAGAAUCUAUAAGAAUGAGCAAAAUGCCGAUUUAACAAAAAGUCUUUUAAUAUUUACCCAAAAUAUUGGCAUCAAGACUCAACGGAAUAUUUUGACUCGUCACUUCUUAAUCACUAAAUCUGGCAGGUUGACGCUUUCAACUCAAUCACUCGUACUAGAUGCCAGAGCGAGUCAAACAGCGGCACAACUGCGCUGUAUGACCGCAUCUAUUCUCCGGUCUGUGUAAUUUAAUAAAGUUGAACGAUCUAAAACAAAUACAAUCGCGAAAUAGGGCAAGGAUUCAAUUUUCAUUUAACACACUGAAAGUGCAUUGCGGUAGAUCGGCGCAUUCGUAAUUAAUUCAAACAUAUUUCGACGCGCCGCGCGAACCUCUCCGAACAAAUCCGAUCCCGCCGCGGUCUCUACGUUCCUACAAAACCGAAAAGUGGGCGCGAAUCUACUUCAGUCAAACCUUUGAACGAUUCAGCUUAAAUUCAAAGUGACACAAGAAGCGCCCCAACAUGGUGAAGACUCCCGCUGUAGGCAUCGACCUGGGCACCACCUACUCCUGCGUCGGGGUCUGGCAGCAGGGGAAGGUGGAGAUCAUCGCCAACGACCAGGGGAACCGUACCACCCCGAGCUACGUCGCCUUCACGGACACGGAGAGGCUGAUAGGCGACGCGGCUAAGAACCAGGUGGCGAUGAACCCCAGCAACACCGUCUUCGACGCUAAGAGACUCAUAGGAAGGCGGUACGACGACCCCAAGAUUCAGCAGGACCUGAAGCACUGGCCCUUUAAAGUCGUCAGUGACGGGGGAAAGCCCAAGAUUCAAGUCGAGUUCAAGGGAGAGAUUAAGAGGUUCGCUCCGGAGGAAGUAAGCUCUAUGGUGCUGACGAAGAUGAAGGAAACCGCCGGGGCAUACCUAGGUCAGGACGUCAAGGAUGCUGUUAUCACCGUUCCCGCUUACUUCAAUGAUUCCCAAAGGCAGGCCACCAAGGAUGCAGGGAUGAUUGCAGGAAUUAACGUCCUGCGCAUAAUAAACGAGCCCACCGCCGCGGCCCUCGCCUACGGCCUCGACAAGAACCUCAAGGGCGAGAAGAACGUGCUGAUCUUCGACCUGGGGGGCGGCACGUUCGACGUUUCGAUCCUCACCAUCGACGAGGGUUCUCUGUUCGAGGUCAAGGCGACGGCGGGGGACACCCACCUAGGCGGCGAGGACUUCGACAACCGCCUGGUCAACCACUUCGUGGAUGAGUUCAAGAGGAAGUUCAAGAAGGACAUAUCGAAGAACCCGAGGGCUCUGCGGAGACUGAGGACCGCCGCCGAGAGGGCCAAAAGGACGCUCAGCUCCAGCACGGAGGCCUCCCUAGAAAUCGACGCCCUCUUCGACGGCCUCGACUUCUACACCAAGAUAUCCAGAGCACGAUUCGAGGAGCUUAACGCCGACCUGUUCAAGGGCACGCUCCAGCCCGUGGAGAAGGCCCUCAACGACGCCGGCAUGAGCAAAUCCGACGUCCACGACGUCGUGCUGGUCGGGGGUUCCACCAGGAUCCCCAAGAUCCAGUCGCUCCUACAAAACUACUUCAACGGCAAGAGCCUGAACCUGAGUAUCAAUCCGGACGAGGCGGUGGCCUACGGCGCCGCCGUCCAAGCGGCCAUCCUGAGCGGGGACACCAGUUCCAAGAUACAGGAUGUGCUCUUGGUCGAUGUGACGCCGCUGUCUUUGGGUAUCGAGACUGCCGGUGGGGUUAUGUCGAAGAUAAUCGACAGGAACUCCAGGAUACCCUGCAAGCAGACGCAGACGUUCACCACGUACUCGGACAACCAGCCGGCGGUCACCAUCCAGGUUUUUGAAGGGGAGAGGGCGAUGACGAGGGAUAAUAACUUGUUGGGAACUUUCGAUCUGUCGGGGAUCCCCCCGGCGCCCCGCGGCAUUCCCAAAAUAGACGUCACCUUCGACCUGGACGCCAACGGCAUCCUGAACGUUUCCGCCUUGGAAAACAGCACCGGCAACUCGAAGAAGAUCACCAUCAAUAACGACAAGGGCCGGCUCUCCCAGAAGGACAUCGAGAGGAUGCUAGCCGAGGCGGAGCGCUACAAGGAAGAGGACGACAGGCAGAGGGAGAGGGUCGCGAGCAAGAACAGCCUGGAGAGCUAUGUGUUCAGCGUCAAGCAAGCCGUGGAGGAUUGCGGGAACAAGCUGAGCAACGAGGACAAGAUGAAGGUGCAGAAGGAGUGCGACAACUGCAUCAAGUGGUUGGACAGCAACCAGACGGCGGAGAAGGACGAGUUCGAGUAUAAGCUGAAGGAGAUGACCAGGACGUGCGGGCCGAUCAUGACGAAGUUGCAUCGGGGCGGGGGGCAGAAGUCGGGAGACGACGGACCUACUAUCGAGGAGGUCGACUGAGCAGUUGAUUUGUAUUUCUUCUUCAAUCAGUUUUGUAUGUUUUUA